AUGCCUGCCAUUGUCAAUGACGCCCGAAUUGGCAUGCCAGGGAAAGAGGUCACCUGGAAGAAAGAACCUCCGGAAGAUGGGAUCUGCAACAAGAAAAUGCUUGCGCUCACCAGGACCUCUGAUCUGCCAGGAUUUAUUGCUGAUGGAGACAUUGUUAUUGGUGGGCUGUUCCCCAUGCAUUACAGGAUAGCUGAACCAGAUCAGAACUUAACAUACAAACCAACAACUCCAAGAUGUCAUGGCUUUGACACCAGAUCCUUUCGUUGGGCUCAGACAAUGAGACUGGCAAUAAAAGAAGUUAAUGCAAAUCCAAUUUUACUUCCAAAGGUGCAGCUGGGCUACAAAAUUCAUGAUUCUUGUGCUACACAUGUGGCUGCAUUAAGGGCCACCCUAUCCAUAUUUAAUGAACCAAAGGAAUCUUCAAGUAAAAUGUGUUCUGUACAUUCAUCAUUAAAAAUGAUUAUUGGAGAUUCUGGAUCAUCUCAGUCAGCAGUGGUGUCAAGACUACUGCAGCCAUUCAAAAUCCCAAUGAUAAGUUAUUUUUCGACAUGCUCUUGCUUUGGCAACAGACAAGAAUUUCCAACAUUUUUUAGGUUGAUUCCCAGUGAUGAUCAUCAAGUAAAAGCAAUUGCGAAACUUGUUAAAUACUUUGGCUGGAAAUGGGUGGCAGCAGUUUCUGAAGAUGAUGAUUAUGGCAGAUAUGCAUUUCAAGGUCUUUUUGAAGAGUUUAGAAAAAUUGGAGUAUGUGUGGCAUACUAUGAAAUUAUUCCUAAAGUCUAUAACAGAAAAAGGAUUCUUGAAAUUGUAGAUAUAAUUAAGAAGUCCACUGCAAAAGUUGUCAUAUCAUUUGCUGGAGAGGCCGAACUCUACCCUUUAUUUUUGGAGUAUGCAUAUCAAAAUAUCACUGGCAUUCAAUGGAUUGCAAGUGAGGCUUGGGUGACAGCUUCCUUGUUUUCACCAGGGGAAUUCUAUCCAUCACUUGGCGGUAUAAUAGGGUUUGCUAUUCGCAGGGGAGAAAUCACAGGCUUAAAGGACUUUCUCCUUCAAGUUAAUCCAACACUCAACCCUAAUAACUCUCUUGUCAAAGGGUUUUGGAGUACAAUGUUUGGUUGUUCAUUCUAUCCAUGAAACGUAAGUGAUGAGUCUGGAAAAAUGCUUCCCUUUUGUUCUGGUCAUGAGUCCUUAGAAGAAAAAUACUCUACUUACUUGGAUAUGUCCAACACUAGAAUUUCUUAUAAUGUUUAUAAAGCAGUAUAUGCAGUUGCUCAUUCAUUACAUAAUCUGCUUAGCUGUGAAGCUGGCAAAGGACCCUUUGAAAAUUCAUCUUGUGCAGAUAUCACCAACAUCAGCCCAUGGCAGCUGCAACAGUAUAUUCAAAAUGUUUCUUUCAUCAUCAUGGGAGAAAAAAUCAACUUUGAUCAAAGUGGUGACCCUAUUGCAUCUUAUGAUAUCAUAAACUGGCAAAAAGGUUUAGAUGGAGAUAUAAAAUUUGUCACAGUUGGACGCUAUGAUACAUCUAAUGGUGCUGGAAAGGAGCUAUGGAUUCAGGAAGAUGGAAUCAUCUGGACAAACCAUCAAACUAAGGUACCAACAUCAGUAUGUUCUGAAAGCUGCCACCCUGGCACAAGGAAAGGAGUUCGCAGAGGACAACCUCUGUGUUGUUUUGAUUGCAUACCAUGUGCUGACGGGGAAACUAGUAAUCAAACAGAUUCAGUAGAAUGUACUCAGUGUCCUUCAGAUUACUGGUCCAAUGCUGAAAAAACAGAAUGCAUACCAAAAGAGAUUGAAUUUCUUGCUUAUGAUGAAUUUGGAGCUUCAUUAACUAUGAUCGCUUUAUUUGGUGCUUGCCUUACAUUUGGGGUCCUUGGCAUAUUCCUUUAUUAUACAAAUAGCCCCAUUGUCCUGGUGAACAAUUCUGAACUCAGUUUUUUCAUUCUUAUUUCACUGGCCCUCUGCUUUCUGUGCUCCAUUGCAUUCAUUGGCGAGCCUGCUGAUUGGUCUUGCAUGUUUAGGCACACAGUGUUUAGUGUUACCUUCUCAUUAUGUAUAUCCUGUAUUCUUGGCAAAACAGUUGUUGUGUUAAUGGCUUUCAAAGCCACACAACCUGGGAGCACCAUCAUGAAAUGGUUUGGGCCUUUACAGCAAAGAAUCAUGAUUUUCUGCUGCACCUUUAUUCAGAUUGUUAUUUGUGCAAUUUGGUUGAUUUCUAUGCCCCCUUUCUCUGUCAAAAAUACCAAAUACAACAAUUCUAAAAUAAUACUGGAAUGUCAUGUGGGUUCUGCUUUGGCCUUUUGGUGUGUCUUGUGCUACAUUGGAGUUCUUGCUUGCAUGUGUUUUGUUCUGGCUUUUCUGGCAAGAAAACUCCCUGGUAACUUCAAUGAAGCCAAGUACAUAACAUUCAGCAUACUCAUCUUUUGUUCUGUGUGGUUGGCAUUUAUUCCAGCAUAUGUCAGCUCACCUGGCAAAUACACUGUUGCAGUGGAAAUAUUUGCCAUUCUUGCAUCUAGUUUUGGAUUGCUUUUCUGUAUAUUCGCUCCAAAAUGUAAUAUUAUUUUACUGAAACCUGAAAAAAAUACCAAGAAGGGCAUUCUUGGCAAAAGUAAUACAAAUACAUACAAUUAA